CUGCCCUCUGCCCCAAUCUUGACGAAUAAAACGACUUAAAGAAAAGAAAAAGGAAGAAAAGAAAGAAUAUUAGGGAUUUAGAUAAAGAUAAAGAUGUCUGACAGCGAUGACGAACCUAUCACUCUUUCGGCCCACGCCUUGGCUGCAUUGAAGUCUUUUGAAGCCGAAAAAGACGAGCAUCAGGCCAAAUUCCAGAAACUGAAGGCCGAGGCAGAGAGCAAUGCCCUUUUGUCCAUUGAUGCCUUUUCAGAAGAUUGGAAUGAGUCUCAGUUUUGGUAUUCAGAUGACACCGCAAAUAAGCUGGCGACAGAACUUCUCAGAGAUGCCACAAGUGACAUGACAAUCGGCGUUGUCUCAGCCCCGAGCGUUUUCGUUGCACUCAAGAAUAUCCUGCGAGACCGAAGUGAUGACGAAAAGCCAAAAUUGGUCCUCCUGGAGCACGACAACCGGUUUGGCGUCUUCUCCGAGUUUUACUUCUAUGACUUUCAACAACCAGUUAGACUGCCAGGUCAUCUAAAGGGCUCUAUUGACAGAAUCAUUUGUGAUCCGCCCUUCCUGAGUGAGGAUUGCCAGACCAAAGCCGCAUUGACCGUACGCUGGCUCCUCAAGCCAACCAAUACCGGGACGCUACCUAGGCUCAUUGUCUGUACCGGAGAGCGAAUGGAGGACCUGAUUCUUAAGCUCUACAAGGCACUGGGCGUGAAGACAACUGCUUUUGAGCCCAAGCAUACAAGGGGUCUCAGCAACGAGUUCUACUGUUACGCCAAUUUUGAGUGCCCAAAUUGGAACUGGCGAUAAAGCGAUAAAGCGAGGAAGGCGUGGAAAAUAUCCCUAAAAAAUAUAGUCGUUUCGAACAAAACUGGUGCACGCAUAUUCGGGGUGUGAUUUUGGGCAGCCCCAAUAGGACGAAUGCCGUACUGGCUUUGCCGCAAAACUCGAUGGAGAGAUGGGCUGCCGUCUAUUUGCUUCAUUGUAUACGAAUUCAUCAAUCAUCCUGUACCCUAAGGUGGUAGGUAUCGUGUAACGUAUUUCUUCUUUUGAUAUAUUAUACAACAAUGCUCGGCUUAAGCGAGUGAUCGAAUUAUAUAGAACAGUAAAUAUGCCUGGGCU